AUGACCAAGUGUCCUCCUAACCCUGUUUUUCUUCUCUUCCUAUUCUUUAGGAUUUUCUUGGUCAUGGCACAAAACACAACCAUCCCAAUCAAUGUGGGUGUGGUUCUUGACUUAGAUACCCAGUUUGGGAAAAUAGAGUUGAGCUGCAUCAACAUGGCCCUCUCUGACUUCUAUGCCUCUCAUUCUAACUACACUACUAGACUGGUCCUGCACACAAGGGACUCCGCGAGAGAUGUUGUUGUGGCAGCUGAUGCAGCGCUAGACUUAAUAAAGAAUGUUGAAGUGCAAGCCAUCAUAGGGCUAGAAUCAUCAAUGCAAGCCAACUUUGUAAUUGAUCUUGGAGAUCAAGCUCAGGUGCCCAUAAUCUCAUUUUCAGCAACAAGCCCUUCUCUCCGGGGUUCAUAUUUUUUCCGAAUUGCACAGAAUGACUCAUCUCAAGUUAGAGCCAUUGGUGCCCUCAUCAAAGCUUUUGGUUGGAGAGAAGCAGUGCCCGUCAGCAUCGACAAUGAGUUCGGGGAGGGACUAACACCUUACCUGACUACUGCUUUGCAAGAAGUUGGUGCUGGUAUCCCUUAUUGGAGUCUCAUUCCUUCAAUGGCCACUGAUGACCAAAUUAUUGAAGAGCUUCACAGGUUGAUGUCAAUGCAAACCAGGGUAUUCAUAGUGCACAUGUCGCCUUCACUUGGCUCUCGGUUUUUUGCUAAGGCAAGAGACAUUGGCAUGAUGGAGGAAGGUAAUGUUUGGAUAACAACGAAUGGGAUGACUAACUCUUUUAGUUCCUCCAGUUCUUCUGUCGACAUAUAUAACAUGCAAGGGGUGUUAGGAAUAAAGACUAAUGUUCCAAACACAAAAGAACUUGAAAAUUUUAGAGCUAGAUGGCGAACAAAAUUCCAACAAGACAAUCCAACUAUCCUUAACGUUAAAUUGGAUGUUUUUGGACUAUGGGCUUAUGAUGCUGCUUGGGCAUUAGCCCUGGCGGUUGAGAAGGUCGGGGGUACAAACUUCAGCUUCCAAAAGAUGAACAGUUCUCAUAAUUACACUGUUUUGGGAAGCUUAGAGGUCUCUCAAGGUGGUCCUGAACUUGUCCGAGAGCUAUCAGGUACGAGAUUCAGAGGCCUUUCAGGAGAUUUCAGUCUUAUUAAUGGGCAAUUACAAUCAUCAACUUUUCAGGUAGUUAAUCUGAAUGAUAAUGGGGAAAGAGGAAUUGGAUAUUGGACACCCCAAAAUGGACUUGUGAGAUACAUAAAUUCGAACAGAAACACAAACAGAUACUCUACUUCUAAUGCCAGUCUUGGACCUGUUAUAUGGCCUGGAGACACCACCUUGGCUCCAAGGGGCUGGCAGAUUCGCACGAACGGGACCUUAAAAGUCCUCGUCCCAGUGAAGCAAGGGUUUGAAGAAUUAGUAAGUGUGGUACAUGAUCCUAGCACUAACACAGCCAAGGUCACUGGUGGAUACUGCAUAGAAGUCUUUGACGCUGUAAUAAAAGCAUUACCAUAUCCUGUUCCUUAUGAGUUUUAUCCCUUUGCAAAUCCUAAUGGGCAGAGCGCUGGCAGUUACAAUGAUUUGAUCAAUCAAGUGUUUCUUGGGAACUAUGAUGCUGCAGUUGGAGACAUAACUAUUAGAGCAAACAGAUCCUUGUACGUUGACUUUACAUUGCCAUUCACAGAAUCUGGGAUAUCAAUGGUCGUCCCCAUCAAAGGCAAUGAUGCCGGUAAAAACACAUGGGUGUUCUUGAAGCCUUUGACGUGGGAUCUCUGGGUUACAAUCGGCUGUUUUUUCAUAUUCAUUGGUUUUGUGGUCUGGUUUCUUCAACACCGGAUAAACGAAGACUUUCGUGGGCCUCCACAUCACCAAAUUGGCACAAGCUUUUGGUUCGCCUUCUCAACCAUGGUUUUUGCACACCGGGAACCAGUAGUGAGCAACUUGGGUAGGUUUGUAGUGAUCAUAUGGUGCUUUGUCGUCCUCGUACUGACUCAAAGCUACACUGCCAGUUUAUCAUCAAUCUUAACAAUUCAACAGCUCCAACCAAUAGUUACUGAUGUGAACCUUUUCUUGAAGAAUGGGGACAACGUUGGUUACCAAGAAGGCUCUUUUAUUUAUGGGAUUUUGAGUCAGCUAGGGUUUAAGGACGAUAAACUUAGGACCUAUAAUUCCGUAGAAGAAUUAGAUAAACUUCUUCAGAACGGGAAUGAAAAUGGAGGUCUUCCAAAAAGUUCACUUCUCACGCGUGAUGUUUCGACAGCAAUCACUCAAGUGCACGAGGGAGAUAAAAUGAAGGCCAUCGAGGACAAGUGGUUCAAGAAAACAGCAAGUUGUUCAAACCCCAACACUGCGAGCUCUUACAACACUCUUAGCCUUGAAAGCUUUUGGGGCCUCUUCAUUGUUGCUGGUGUUGCUUCAUCGUUAGCUCUCCUCAUCUUUGCAGCCAUGUUCCUCUAUGAGCAUAGCCACAUUUUGACAUGCGUUGAUUCAAAAGCCUCAUUUUGGACAAGAAUUCGUCAAGUACUAAGAGCAUAUGAUCAACAAGACAAGACUUGGCAUGCUUACAAGAAAACCAGAAAAGAAGAUGGUGUUCAUGGAAUAGCUGCGGUUGAAUCUUCACUAAACACCAACUGUCUCUGCCUCAGAAGGCCAUCAAGAUCUAGCAAACCAAAUCAAAUUGAACCAGAAAUUGUUCUUGAAGAGCAGCAGGGAACAACUUCUACUCAGCAUAGUGAUUUGAAUCCGAAUGCUAUAGAGUUAACGGCUAUCACAUAA